AUGGGGCGCCCACUGCUCUUCUUCGUGCUCGGUUGGGGGCUGGUCUCCGUGACCGCUGAUAUCGACUCCGCAGUUGUCGAUGAUGAACCUUCCGACGUGAUAGACACCCUGGAUCCAGCUUCACACCUGGAGCUGGGGACUGAGGACAACGCUGGGGCCACGCGCCAUCGCCGCGACCGAGUAGUUCGGAGAGCCGAGUGGCCGUUCGACCAGCAGCUGCCGGGUUUCAUCCAGUCGCUGGCGAAGCUGCCGUGGUUCAACGUGCCGUGGUACAGCAUCGCCCCAGAGGAGAGGCCAACGCCCGUCCGCGCGCCGUUGAGGGAGCCCGUGCUGCACAGCGACGUGGCCGCCCUCGAGCGGGCAGUGCUGGAACUGCGCGUCACCGUGGAGCGCCUUCGCCGCCGCCAGCUGGCUCUGCUGCACGUGCUGCGCUGCGCCGGUGCCAACGCCGCCACCUGCAGCCGCAACUACGUCAACGACAGGAGGGCGCAGGGUCUCGUGACGCCGUCGGAUGCUGAUGAUUUCGAAUGGCUGCUCGCGGGGCUGCCCGUUUCCUCCCCGCCGGCGUCAGUACCUCUGCCUGUAACGCAGCCGCCGUCGUAUGGCUAUGGUCAGGGACCGAACUACGGGCCGGGGUACGGCCUUGUUCCAGGGCAAGCAUACGGAACAGGGCCGGCCUUCGGCACAGGGCAGGGUUUCAACGUCGGCCAAGGCUACGGCUAUGGCCAAGGUUUCGGCAUUCCACAGACAAAUCCAUAUGCGUACCAACCUGACUUGCUUCCAAAUAGGUCGGGCGCAGCUAACCAGGGGACAAACACAGUCGCCACCCAGCCGAUACCCAACGUAGUGCCGAACGCGGCUAAUGUUAUCCCAAGCGGCUUAGGAAACCUCGGAGGAAUUGGACUGUUUCGACCUGCCGGCGGCGCGCCUCUCUUCCAAGGAACUUCCACAUCAUCUUCAUCCUCCUCAGGACCAGGAGGUACCAUCUUCACGUCCACGUCGGAGCAGACCGGCGUAGACACGAGUGGGAAGCCAACCUUCUCGUCAGUGACGGCGACUGGAGACAGCGCUGGCCAUCUGGUCGUGACCACCAGCGGCAGCGACAAGAAGAAGGAGACCAAACAGUGAAACCACUGCCCACCGUGGUUCGUGUCGUAUAUUGUAAAUAUCAACAGCGGAUGUCGUCCCAUAUACAAUCUCAUUAUCUGUUGACAGCGCUAUGAGGGUCAUGUAGGGGCACGGUAUGUGGCUACUUGGUACUGAACAGUGGAGAAGGAAUAGGAAUUGUCUCAGAGUACACUAUCCAGAAGUAAAUUUAUGUUUGCUACGUAAUGCGGUAUAUACUAUGCCCGAACCAUAACGCUCUAAUAACGGUGGUCACUAUGUUAGGAUGAGAGGUACGAAAAAUACAUAAUACUGUACCAAAUUACUAUGUUAUUACUACUUCCUUCUUUCCCAAUAAAAAGCUUUUGACAUAA